AUGUCAGAGCCAAAGACCAAGGACUUGGGAGUUGCUUACCCGACUCCCGGCGAGGUCUACUCAGCUGCUAUAGUCCUACCCUUCCUAGGCAUCAUCUCCUUGGCGAUUCGAUGGUGUCAGCGAUGUCGGCAACGAAAUGGGGUCGGUAUUGAUGACUGGCUCAUGGUGCCUUCAUUACUGUUCACCAUUGGUAUGGGCAUUACUCUAUGCAUUGGCGUCCAUGGAAAGGCCAUCGGCUACCCAACCCCAAACGAGCCAAACUUGACCCCCGAAGAGCAGAUGAACAGUAUCAACCCAACUAUCAGAUUAAUGGGACUGGUCCAGUUUAUAGUAAUCCUCCUCCUCGUCCUAGCAGCCGGCAGUCUCAAACUCAGUAUCAUCUGUCUGUACCGCCGCCUCUUCGUCGUCGUCCUAUAUCGCUCAGUCUUUGACUGGAUCACCAUCGCCGCAUUGGUCAUCGUCGCUGCUUGGAUGAUCAGUUUCGUGAUCGUGGCUAUAUUAUCGUGCGGCGUCCAUGUUGCGGUGCAAUGGGGUACACUUGCCGAUAAAAACAGGUAUUGUGGGAUGGAUCUCGGUAUUGAUACUGCACUCGUGAUCAGUGAUGCGGCUACGAAUCUGCUGAUUUGGGUGAUGCCGAUGCCGAUGGUGUGGAGGAUGCGGUUGAGUUGGGGUAGGAAGCUCGCUGUUGUGGGAAUUUUGAUGAUUGGGUCGAUUUCUGUCGUUGCCUCUAUUAUCAAAAUUGUCGUAUCCUUUGAAAUUUCUAGCGGUGGGUUAGCUGCGAAUGUUGACGAGGACUUAACCGUCUCAACGAUCCUCUACUGGUGCAUGAUCGAAACAGGACUGGCAAACAUUGCGUCCAAUUUACCGCUUUUCCGCGGAUUACUCAAAGAUACCUCAUGGAGCGGUCUCAUCAGUAUUGUGCGGAGUCCAAUCAGUCUAUCGUCUCCGCAAGGCUCUUCUGACAAGGAUUCGCGGGUUGAGGAACAUGAACUUGAGAGCCCUCAGAGUGACAGAGCAACAAAGAUGACUUCGGCACUGAGCUCGUCCUUGAAACGGGCAUCCAUAAAAUGCGCCCCUAGGGCAUUAUGGUCGCAACACAAAUCGAUGUUUCUUCCGUACCAAGUUGUCUCCAGCUAUGGAACGGCAACGACGACUCCCCCUCCUACAACAGAUCAUAUACAAACAAAGCUGCCGCCUGCAAUCGGGACACAGAAUGCACAACGAUUUCGCGAGUUCAAUCUCGAGGGUCGCGUGAUUGCCGUCACGGGCGGUGCGCGUGGUCUCGGAUUAUCCAUGGCUGAAGCGUUGAUGGAAGCUGGCGCGAAUGGUUUUUCUUCAUUUUCCUUUGCUGUUUGGUAUGCAAUUGAUGACGAGUUCAACGCCGCCAAAGAACGCUCCCACUCGUCAUAUGGCGGGAGCAUAAACUACGCCCGCAUCGAUGUCCGCGACAAUGAACACGUAGAUAGCAUUCUGGCCGAAAUCGCCGCAGAAAACAAACGUCUAGACGGCAUUAUCUGCAAUGCCGGAAUCAAUCACAUCCACGCCGCGAUUGGCCACUCCCAAAAGGCCCUAGAGGAAGUCAUGGCCAUUAAUUAUAAUGGUGUCUUCAAUUCGGCGACUGCGGCCGCGAAGCAAAUGUUUCAAUACAAAUGUAACGGGUCGAUAUUGCUGGUUGCGAGUAUGAGUGGGUUGAUUGCAAAUAAAGGAAUGAACUCGCCCGUGUACAACUCUUCCAAGGCAGCUGUCAUCCAAUUGGGCAAAUGUCUGGCGAUGGAAUGGGGUCGUCAUGGUAUUCGGGUCAAUAGUCUCUGCCCGGGACAUAUCAUAACACCCAUGGCUGAGAUGGUCUUCAAGGAGAAUCCAUCAGCGCGCGCGAUUUGGGAAGCAGAGAAUAUGCUGGGAAGACUAGCGAUGCCGGAAGAGUUUAGAGGCGCAGCCUUGUUUGCGCUUAGUGAUGCCAGUUCGUUCAUGACAGGCAGCAAUCUGAUCGUCGAUGGCGGACAUACUGCUUGGUGA